AUGGAACUACCUCUAUUAGGUGUGGAGAAAAGGGUUGAUUUCCUCGAUGUGUUGGCUAAGAAAUGGGUUGGUAGUCUUCGGUUUCAUGAGGUGGAUCUUACUGAUAGGGUUUUACCAUCUUUUUCUUUUUGGAAUGAAGUGUUUAUUACCCGGGCUGUGGCUGUUCAGGAUGCUGAGCGGCGAAGGGAUGUGGUGAAGCCUUCUCGAUCUGCUUCGAUUGAUCUUGUUGGUGUGGACGGAGCUGUGGAGUCUUCUAGGAAGAGAGUUGAGGAGAAGGAGUUCAUGGAGGAUAACAAAGAAGGGAUUAUUCCCAUGGUGAACAAGGGUAAGGCUGCUUGGCAAAGUGUGAGUAGUGCUGAUACCAAGGGGCUUGCACUUGUGCGACGUUUACGGCCGCAUCGGAUAGUUGGCAACAGCUCUCACAUUUCCAUUGUUCAAGUUGAUGAUAUAGAUAUUCCAGACGAUGCGAAUAUGGAAAAGGUAGAUGCUCAUGUUUCAAGUGCGCAUGUUGAUGAUGUUGUCGUGGGUCAGACUACUGUUCCUGGUAAUUCUCAAGGUGGGGAUGGGGCUGGUUUUGGAGGUGGUCAAUUUCUUGGUUUUUGCCAUGGUGAAGUUGUUUUGGGUGCUGAGAGUGAAGGGAUAAGAUCGAAUGAUGUGGAGUUUUGUCUUCAUUAG